CGGAGAUACUGGAGCUAUGUCAUGCCAGGUGCGGCUCUCUACCUGAUUUUUACCCAUCCCAAAAAUAUUAUCUGGCCUCUUCUACGAUGCCCUCGUAUCGCUCAAGUAUACUUGUUCGUCGUCGGCGAGGACGUUGCCCUGGGCGUUUCACGUCUGUCCGAAUAGCCGUCUGCUCCUCGGGCAAUCUAGCGCCUGGACAGCAUACGGAUACGUCGAACGGCCAAACCCCAACUCCUACCGCGACGCAAUUCACGACUAGCCUGUCGACGUCCUACUCCACAAGAACGGAGCUCACAACGGAAUGGGUAACCGUGACGUCUGAUUUCUUCUUGAGGGCGCGACAGGAUCCCAACAACCCUACUCCAGGCGAUUCUUCCGUCUCUUCGUCAUCGUCUUCUAGCACUGAUGGCGGCUUCGGCGUAAACGACAUUACUUCCAUUAUACGAACCCUCACAUUCACUGAUGCUUUUGUUGUAACCAACACGAUACCACAAGUCACUCUUUAUGCCCCUUGCACCACAUCCAUUUCUUCUGUUUCAUCUCCGACAAACACCCAAUCUAUUUCUAAUGAUCCUGACCGCGCCAAUAAUUCCAACUCCACGGCCGAAGGCCCAACUUCUUUCGAUGAAGACGGAAAAAUGACGACUGUGUCCGAAGGCGUAACAAUCGUUGUCAGUGAAUAUGUCACGACAAUUAACGGAGUCGCAACGAUUACUGCUACUCCUAUUCAAACACUGCUCAACACCUCAGAUGGCACUCUCAGUCACUCUCAGAGGACCGGCGUCAUUGCAGGAGCCGCUGUGGGUGGAAUGUUGGUGCUCAUUGCUCUGUUGGGUGCCGAGGAGAAGCAAAGGCGCUUACCUCGUCGCUUACUUGAAGAUGAGGCUGACGAUUUUGACUUGCCCGCGCCAAUGACUCAGUGGGAUGGCACUUCGCUCACCACAAGUUCCUCUGCCAGCGCCCCGAGACUUUUGCGGGCACGUGGAAGUCAAACAGGAAGCUUGUUCCACGAGAAUGUAUGGCCACCUCCUACUGAGGUGAUGCAAGAUCCAUUGGUUACAAGCCAUGAUCUUGGCAGUUCCAUCUCUCUCGCCAUGGGCCUUCCUGUUGAGAUGUCCUCACCUCAACAGAUGCAUCCUGGAGUUGCUUUUACCUCGGCUGAGCCGAUUGGUGCGGUGGGCAGACAGCAACGAUCCUCGGGAUAUGAAUCUGUACGCUCGAUGGAUUCAUUCGACUAUGGACGCGCGCAUUCGCGCGCAGAAUCAGCAGAACCCCUCCUAGAAAACACCGCAAGAAACAUUUCUCCUCCACCUUUAAUGCUUCACACCUCACCACCGGCUUCAGAGGCC